AGGCCCGAGCAUCGAGGAAAGAAAAAUAUCGGCAAAAUGCCGGAGCGUGGCCCCACGCGCCGUCGUAUACACAUCUUUCCCAUAAUGAUGUGCACGUAUCUGUAAAAAGACCCUGAAGCGGCCCAGCAUCGGAGCGUGACUCUCACGCGCUCUGGUCUCUCCAUCACGUUAUGUUUUUGUGAUAAAGCACUCCGUCACCUUUGCUCUCUCCCUCGACAGUUUUGGAAAGACGAUAAAAACACAGAGCUAAGAAGAAGAUGUGUAUGCGGAAACGUUAGACGAAUCGAAACGUGCCGAUCUCUUCAUCAUUUCCAUCUUCAUGGAUGUGGUCUUUGACGAAACAAACGUGCAGAGAGAGAGAGAGAGAGAGAGAGAGAGAAGCCAUUAGAAUACAAUGGAUGGAACUAGGUGAUAAAGGGAGAGGAAUAUUAUAAUUAUUGACCUCUCUGGUGAUGCACAUGGCUUCUCGGGUUUCCCUCUUCACCGUAAAACCCAUUUGUUUUUUCCCCUUUCCUUCACAUGCCCUCCUCUCUCUCUCUCCCUCUCUAUUGGUUAAUCUCUUCCCGAUGCCCAUUUGAAGUUUAUUGACUCUUCGCUCGACGAGUAUUCUUCAGAUCUGCUGCUCUUCCACCUUCUUCCUUCCCCCGUGGGGUUUUCCCGGCGACCGGAGAGGAAAAGAUCAAAGAUUCUGGGUCAAGUCCUUUGCGAAAAGUUCGUCGAUGUUCUGAAACAGUGUUUCGCGAAGAUAACAUGGUCUGUGAAAUGGAGACUGAGCAGAUCGAGGACAUGGAGAUCGAAGUCCUGUCCUCGAUGUGGCCGGAAGAUGUCGGAACAGAAACCGACAAACAGUUCAACGUCGAAAAACCGGCAGGGGACCAAGACAUGUUGAAAGAGGUAACGAUCGAGGAGAAACAGACAUUCGCAGACCUGAGACGGUUAUCGGAGCUCAUGGACAGUACGGACCAGGGUUCGUCCCAGCUGACGAACCUCGUCAAGCAAUGGGAAUACAUGCAAGCUAACGCUGUUCGGCUUCUCAGGGAAGAGCUCAAGAAUCUGAGCAGGCAGAGGGAGGAGGCCGAGGCGAAAGAGCUGAAGAUAAUAGAGGAGCAUAAGUUCGAGAGCGACGGAAGGAACGCGAAUUUUCCCGUGCUGGACGAAACUUGUGAUCUUUUCCGGAGUUUCGAGGAGAGGAAACGGGAUAAGGUAGUCGAGAGAAAGAAGAUCGACAUCGACGAGGAGUAUGAUACGGUAGCGUACUGGAAGCAAAGAGCAUUGAAUUUGGAGAAGAUGCUCGAGGAAAGUACAGAGAGAGAGUGGAAAUUGCUUGAGAAGUUGAACGAGAGCUUGACGACUAUGGAGAGUCACUCUGCACCGGUCGAAGAGCUGACGCAGAAUCUGAAAAGAGCCGAAGGGUUCUUGCAUUUCAUACUUCAGAACGCUCCUGUCGUCAUGGGCCAUCAGGAUAACGAUUUGCGCUACCUGUUCAUCUACAACAAGUUUCCUAGUUUGCGGGAGCAGGACAUUCUCGGGAAAACGGACGUCGAGAUAUUCUCAGGUGCGGGGGUUAAAGAAUCUCAAGAUUUCAAGAGGGAGGUUCUUGAGAAAGGAAAGCCGUCGAAGAGAGAGAUCACGUUCGAGACGGAGUUAUUCGGGUCGAAGACGUUUCUGAUAUACGUCGAGCCAGUCUACAACAAAGCGGGCGAGAAACUCGGUAUAAACUACAUGGGCAUGGAAGUCACUGAUCAGGUAAGGAAAAGAGAGAAGAUGGUUAAGCUUAGAGAAGAUAAAGCAGUGAGGAACGCAAUGGAAUCUGAAUUGAACAAGACAAUCCAUAUUACAGAGGAGACGAUGAGGGCGAAACAAAUGCUAGCGACAAUGUCUCACGAGAUAAGAUCUCCAUUGUCGGGAGUGGUGAGCAUGGCCGAGAUACUUUCUACGACGAAACUGGAUCACGAGCAAAGGCAGUUGUUGAAUGUGAUGAUAUCUUCUGGAGAUUUGGUGCUUCAGCUCAUCAACGACAUCCUCGACCUCUCCAAGGUCGAAUCAGGUGUAAUGAAGCUGGAAGCAACGCAGUUUAGGCCAAGAGAGGUGGUGAAGCACGUGCUUCAAACAGCGGCAGCCUCACUGAAGAAAGCUCUGACAUUAGAAGGGCACAUCCAAGACAACGUUCCCAUAGAGGUAGUCGGAGAUGUCCUGAGAAUUCGGCAGAUCUUGACCAACUUGAUCAGCAACGCUAUCAAGUUUACGCACAGAGGGAAGGUGGGAAUCAAACUUGAAGUGAUACAGGAGCCGAGUUUUUUCAGCGAAGAUAGGAAAGAGCCUCGAAAUCCGACUCCGAUCGGUCAUAAUGAAAACACGGAGGAUGCUGAAGAAUAUGUGUCUGGAACCGCUGUCUGGAUACGCUGUGACGUUUAUGAUACCGGAAUUGGAAUACCGGAAAAAGCGAUACCUACUCUGUUCAAGAAGUACAUGCAGGCAAGCGCCGAUCAUGCGAGAAAAUACGGCGGAACUGGUUUAGGUCUCGCGAUUUGUAAACAGCUCGUUGAGCUGAUGGGUGGGCGACUCACUGUGACUAGCCAUGUGAACGUCGGCUCAACGUUCACGUUUAUAUUACCUUACAAAGUCGCACAACCGAAUGAUCAUUCCGAUGAUCCUGAUGAAUUCUCCGACAUGGCUGACCACCAGCCCAUCCCCGACGACACAGCCAAAGGAUUUUUCCAGUUUAAACAGCUUAUGGGCUCGCUUUACUCUUCCGACGGACCUGUCAUCGACCAGAACUUCUUAGUACCACAUAAAAUCAUGCAGGGUAGUCCGGUUAAGGUUAACGGUUUUGCCAGUGAUCCUUCUCAUGGCAUCCCCUUAUCCGAUAACAGACCAAAUGAGAGAGCCGCAGUCCAGAACGGCGGUUACAAGGCCGAAGGUGCUGAGACAUCACCAAGAACAGACACCAGUUGUGGUCCUUGUCCGGAUUCAGCUCACCAGUUUCCAAACGGAAGAAUCAAAACAAGUAAAGAAGAUACUUUGCGGUGCCCGAGUGAAUCUAAAGAGUUUGAAUCUUGUAGCAGUACACAAACUAGCAAUGAAGGUGGAACCGUGGUCAUGGAGACCAAACCCUCAGUCUCAUCUCAAAGGCAAGAGACAAAACCCGAGGCAGAUUCGAAGGAAACAUCUAAACCGAAGAUUCUACUCGUGGAAGAUAAUAGAAUCAACGUGAUGGUGACAACAUCUAUGAUGAAGCAGUUGGGACAUACCAUUGAAGUCGUCAACAAUGGGAUUGAAGCCAUACGAGCAGUGCAGACCUCUAGUUAUGAUUUGGUUCUUAUGGAUGUGUGCAUGCCGGUGUUGGAUGGUCUAAAAGCGACGAGACUGAUCCGUUCCUUCGAAGAAAAUGGCAACUGGGAGGCCGCAAAAGAAGCAGGAAUAGAUCCAAACGCGCUAUCUCCGGAUAAUUUGCAGAAUGGGCAAGUUCACCUCGGUUCUGCGAAGCGGCUGCCGAUAAUAGCGAUGACUGCAAACACGUUGUCGGAGAGCGCGGAAGAGUGUUAUGCCCACGGGAUGGACUCCUUUAUCUCGAAACCUGUAACGUUUCAGAAACUAAAAGAGUGUCUUGAACAGUAUGUGGCUUAG